AUGCUUGCCACAAUUUUUUUCUGUGCCAGUGUUAUUAAAAAGUUGCAAAGAAUACUUGUUCUUUCCUACUUUUAUUCUCUUUUUUCCUCCUUUUCUUCUCCUUUAUUUAUUUUCUUCUCCUUUUCUUCUCCUUUAUUUAUUUUCUUCUCCUUUUCUUCUCCUUUAUUUAUUUUCUUCUCCUUUAUUUAUUUUCUUCUCCUUUAUUUAUUUUCUUCUCCUUUAUUCAUUUUCUUCUCCUUUUCUUCUCUUCUCCUUUUCUUCUCCUUUAUUCAUUUUCUUCUCCUUUAUUCAUUUUCUUCUCCUUUAUUCAUUUUCUUCUCCUUUAUUCAUUUUCUUCUCGUUUUUUUUUAUUACCAACUCGUUUAUUUCUCAUUUUUUCUUUUUGUUUUUUUUCUAUUUCUUCAGGCUUCUUUUUUUUUUCUUUCCAAAUCUACACACAACCUGUUUUUUCUUUUUGCCUCUUGA